AUGGCCGAGUUCACCGGCUCCACCCAGGCUCAGGUCGAACAACCGCCUGUGGAAUACAGUCAAGGCUACAUGAAUCUCACACAGACACAGCGGAACACCAUCGAGGAUGUCGAGAGGAUUGGCGCCUCUCUGAGCCUGCUUGGGGUGUUCCUGAUAUUCAUGGCCUAUGGCCUCUUCAAGCGAGUACGGACAGUACCCAACACCUUCAUCCUCUUUGCGUCUAUCGCCAAUGUCGGGGCUAGCACGGCGUGCAUUAUCGGCUAUGCGGGUAUCGUGGCCGGCGAGAACUCGGCGCUCUGCCACACUCAGGCGUUCCUUCUUGAGAUGUUCAUGCAAUCAGACCCGUGGUGGUCACUUGCCAUGGCAGUAAACGUCUUUCUGGUUUUCUUCUUCGCCCUAAACCCCAACGCUUUUCGCGACUACCUCUGGUUGUAUUGCCUGGUGUGCUAUGGACUUCCUUCGAUUCCGGCAAUCGUCCUCCUCGCUCACAGUCCUGCCACCACUCGAUACUAUGGAAAUGCCACGUUGUGGUGCUGGAUAGCCGACACAUGGAAUCCUCUCCGGAUUUACACCUACUAUCUACCUAUCUGGUCGUGCAUCUUUCUCUCUGGACUGGUAUACUUUGCCGUGGGCUAUCAGGUGUUCCACCAGCGAAACCAGCUACGGAAUUUGACAUUCAGUAACCAAGGGAAGAACUGCUCUAGAUCUGAUCAUAGGGAACACAUAGAACUAGGCGAGAAGCACAGUUAUGGAAUCAGCGCUGGCCAGAAUUCGCCAUGCCCUACUGUUAUUCCCAUGGAUCUCACCAACCAUCCAGGAGCCUACGGCACCGUCACCACCCAAGUCGAAAUCAACAUCUCCGACAACACCGACAUCCAACCGAUGACCUGCCCGACCUCGCCGACCCCGUCCAUCACCGAGGUCCCCCUUGCCGCCCACCCCCCGGGCCGAAACAACAGCAUCCACCCUUGGGCCUCCAACUGCUCCUCGUCUUCCUCUUCCAGCGAAGACCACAUCGUCCCUCCAACCGCCGUCUACGCCGGCUCCGGCUCCGGCUCCCCUCCCUUCCGCCACGUCCACGUCCACCACGCAACCGACGGGACCACCACCAACGGGGGUUGUCCCAAAUCCAGCCUCAAGAAAACCACCUACACCACCUCCCAAAACCGCACCUACAACCACAGUGGUCCCGGCUACGGCCACACCUACUCCUCCUACAACCGCACCUCCAACACCACCACGCACGUGCACACCCCCUCUUGCUCCAACUCCCACCACCACAACCAAACCCGCUUCCACCACCACAACCUCCUCUCCUCCAUCCGGCGUCCCUUCCGCAAAUUCUGGGCCAAGCUCCACCGCCUCGACCCCAUCAAGCUCGCCUACCUGCGCACCUCCUUCGUCUUUGCCAUUUCCAUCCUGGUCACCUGGACGCCCUCCAGCAUCAACCGGGUGCACUCGUUGCUUUACCCAAAAAAUACCAGUUACCCGCUUAAUCUGGCGAGUGCCGUGGUACUUCCCUUGCAGGGGGUGUGGAACGCGGUCAUUUUUGCGGCGACGACGUGGGUCGUUUUGAAAGAAGAAGUGGAGGGGUUGUGGAAAGGGAGUUGGUUGGGGAGGUGGUGGGAGGGGAGGAGAGGAAGACAGAAAAGACCGGGGGCGGGGACGGCGGUGGAGGGAUUUGGAGGAGUGCAGAAUGUGAUGGGGGGCCAGAGGGGGGUGAGGUUGGGGAGUGAUGGGUUGCCACCACCUAUUCAACCCGGUGGUGUGGUGGCGGGAGUCGAUGGCGUGGGCGCUGGGAAGAAGAAUGGGAAUUUGAAUGCAGGAGGGUAUAAAGCGUGGAGAAACGGGAAUGGAGGCUCGUACGGGUAUGCACAUCAUGGUGUUCCUCAUGCUCCUCCGCAUGCGAUGAAGGAUGAUUUCAACGAGACGAGGAGCCAUUGUAGUAAGAAGAAGAGCGGCAAGAAGGGGCCGAUGGAUCCCAAUCGGUUGGGCACCGUGCGAGUCAUUAGGGGUGGCUCGUUAUGA